AUGAUAGCUACACCGUCGAAACAACCACGCCGGCUUGCUUGCUUUUUGAAUCGCCAACGAAAAGUCCAAAACUCUUGCCUUUUGCCCACUUGUCUUGCCGCUGAUGAAGCCUCGGCGAAAGCUACUUUCUCUUCAAUAGCUUCGGUCAAGACCGGCCUUUUCUUGGAUAACUUCAUUAGAUUCUAUUUUACCCUCACAAGAUUGCACCUCACACUCUCUCCCUCAACCCCAACUCUAGGUUGGACAAGACUCCCACUGCCGCCCCCUCUUGGCAUGCCGCCUAAACCACACUUGUGCGUGGGCUGCCAGAAAGGGUUCAGCCGCAAGGAGAUUGAGACGCGGCUUCAAUGCACAUUUUCUGCAAAGGGAUUUGGCCGAUUCCGUGCCUGUGGCUCCACCUAUCACCGAUGCUACAAGUCAGAACUGAGUAUCAUCCGUCAGUUUGAGACCAAUUUUGCCAUCCAAGUUCUGAAGCCCACCGCUCUGCUGGAGCCUCCUUCCGGACCUGAUAUCCCCCUCAUGUGGUGUCAGGAAUGGUACAGCCUCCGCCAUUCCACCAAGAAGCACAACCGAGGUGCACAAACUCCCAUCAGCUUUGGCACAGUUCAAGCCCUCCGAUCGGCAGCUUCCCAGUGGCUAUCUCUGGACUCCCUCAACACUCCGCAAAAUGCGUACAUGUCACAGGACAACAAAGUUCUCUACCAAGAUUGUCGACCGACGGAUAGUUUGUCAUUCCACUUGUUCGCAGAGGGAAUGGUAGCACGCAUGGGUGACUACUCCAGGCCUUCUGUGGCCCUCUUGGAUCGCCACAUUCAAGCUCUGGGUCGCUUCUUGGACCGCCAAUUCCAUGAAGCCACUUCUAACGUCCAAUGCCAAGACAUUGCUCUGGCGGGGCUAGCUAACCUGGUCCUUUGGCUGGGUUGGCUUUGCUCAGCUGAAUGCUUUGGCCUCAAUUGGGAAGACUGCUCCAUUCUGGAGCCUGAGGAUUAUGGGCAGGCGGACCUCCCAAGGAACUGUGGUAUGGUCACCUUCCGACUUAAACCAGUGACUAAAUCACAUCGGAAAAGAAAGUCAGGUCCCAUUGGUUGGCUUGCUUGUGUCACAUUAGGACAUGGCUCCGUCUGCUUAUGUCACGUGGCCACGUGA